CAAAACAAUUACAAAACAUCGUGCUCCUGUCGGUAGCUAGCUAUUUCUCACUCCUCAGUCGCUCCUCACGAAAGCAAAAGCAGGAGGGAGUAAGGACGAGUACUCCCAGACAAACCAUUUUCCUGCGUCGUAGCUCCACCGCAUCACCGCCGUAUCUUCGCCGUCACAGCCCCUGGAGGAGAUAUCAUCGAAACAGCUGCAAUUUUCAACCUAGUGACCACAAAUGAAGCACGGAGGAGUUUGGGAUGUAAUUACGUGUUUCGCCGCCGUGUUAGUGUUCCUGCAGUGCUCCUGCUCGGCGGCUGGAUUGGUUACUUGUUCUGGAAUUGUGCCGAUGGCAUACCGGAGCGAUAAGAUCUCAAUAACUGAUUUUGGUGCUGUCGGAGAUGGUAGAACGCUGAAUACGAAAGCGUUCAGGGAGGCGAUUUACCGGAUUGAGCAUUUGAAGAGGAGAGGAGGGACGCUUCUUUACAUUCCUCCUGGUGUUUAUCUAACAGAGAGCUUCAAUCUUACCAGUCGAAUGACUCUGUAUCUAGCUAAAGGCGCUGUUAUCCAAGCUACACAGGACACAACUAACUGGCCUCUUAUUGCUCCAUUGCCUUCUUAUGGAAGAGGAAGAGAACGUCCAGGUGGAAGGUACAUGAGCUUCAUCCAUGGAGAUGGUCUCCAUGAUGUCAUUAUUACUGGUGAGAAUGGGACAAUAGAUGGGCAAGGUGAUGUGUGGUGGAACAUGUGGAGACAGAGAACCUUGCAUAAUGUUGUUAUCCGAUAUGUUACAAUAUUGGCUCCACCUGACUCUCCCAACACCGAUGGAAUUGAUCCAGAUUCAAGCUCCCAUGUAUGCAUAGAAGACUCCUACAUUUCAACAGGAGAUGAUCUGGUGGCAGUAAAAAGCGGGUGGGACGAAUACGGAAUUGCAUACGGCCGUCCAAGUAACGACAUCACAAUCCGGCGACUCACCGGUUCAUCUCCGUUCGCUGGAAUCGCAGUCGGAAGCGAAACUUCCGGCGGAGUAACUAACGUGUUAGCAGAACACAUAACCCUUUACAACACCGGAAUCGGAAUCCAUCUAAAGACAAACAUCGGUCGUGGCGGAAUCAUACGAAACAUAACCGUUUCCAAUGUUUUCAUGGAUAAGGUCCGGAAAGGAAUCAAGAUUGCCGGUGAUGUCGGCGAUCAUCCUGACGAAAACUAUAACCCGAAUGCGUUACCGGUUAUGAAACAUAUCAGGAUUAAGAAUGUUUGGGGUGAAAAUGUCCAGCAGCCGGGGUUAAUCCAGGGUUUAAAGAACUCACCUUUUACAGAUAUUUGUCUGUCUAAUAUUAAUCUGUUUGGGUCAAGUGGGGCCAAAAAUGUUCCUUGGAAGUGUGCCGAUGUUAGUGGUGGUGCGGUGCAAGUUAGCCCAUCACCGUGUUCGGAGCUCAUUAGCAGUCGUCAGACAGGUGAGUGCUCUGUACCUUUCUGAAUGUGACGAUUUCAACUGGGUCCAUAUAGUGUUGUAAUAUAUUAUACAAUAUGAUUCCUUUAAUUUUAUAACAAUUGGCAAGUUAUAAGGCUGAAGUUUGUUAUUUCCUGUUUGUAUGUAUACUAGAUUACUAGUGGACUCUUUUUCUUCCUAAUACAUAACAAUGAUGCAAUGACAA